ACCCGGGAAAAAAGUUCUCAAAUCCAACGGGCGAGGCCACCACCACAACCACUGCAGCCUAUUGUCACGCCGCGAAUCGCUGCUUCCUCAAUUACAGACAAUGGCAGCACAGGUCGGGCCUCUGGCCCAAGUCAAGUUGGCCUCUGGGCCAACGCCCAUGACCGCCGAGCAGCGCUACUGGAAGACGUUCAAGAACCAGCUGCUCGUGCCAUCGCCGACGAGUUAUCCGGUCACGCACAUCUCCUACAACAGCGAUUGUUUCGCCGUCACGACGGGCACCCGUGUCCAACUCUUCUCGAACAAGACACGCAAGCUUUUGAAGACCAUAACGCGAUUCAGCGAUGUCGCGCACAGCGGCGAGCUCAGGAAGGACGGCCGAGUGAUGGUGGCGGGUGACGACACGGGCAAAAUCCAGGUGUUUGACAUCAACUCGCGUGCCAUCCUGAGGACCUGGGCGCAGCACAAGCAACCGACGUGGUCGACCAAGUUCUCGCCUACAAACCCCACAACCCUGUUGAGCGCAAGUGAUGAUCGGACCGUUCGACUCUGGGACCUACCCAGCAGCGAUCCUACGACGACCUUUGUGGGCCAUAAUGACUACGUUCGAUGCGCCAACUUCAUGCCUGGCACAAUGUCUAACAUGAUCGUCUCUGGAAGUUACGACUCGACAGUCAAAUUAUGGGACCCCAGGACAGGGAACAAUACGGCCGUGAUGACGUUCAAGCAUGCCGCACCCGUCGAGGAUGUCAUCUCCAUGCCAUCCGGCACGACUGUGCUUGCGGCAGCUGAGAACACUGUCAGUGUGCUCGAUAUCGUCGCAGCCCGCCCCCUUCACCAGAUCGCCAAUCACCAAAAGACUGUCACCUCUUUGAGCCUCGCAUCAGGCGGCCGUAGGCUCGUGACGGGCGGUUUGGAAGGUCACGUCAAGGUCUUCGAGACAACUGGCUGGAACGUGGUCUACAGCACAAAGUACCAGUCCCCUGUUCUCUCCGUUAAUGUGAUACCCACCACCGACUCCUCCGACUCCGAUGAUCGCCAUCUCGCGGUGGCUAUGCAGUCCGGCGUGCUCAGUGUCCGUACCCGCAAGACAGGCGCCGAGGCCGCCAAGGACCGAGAGCGCGAGAAGGAGAUGGCUGCUCUCAUUGCCGGUUCCAUCGAUGCACAUGAUGCGAAGAACACAAAGCGCAAGAGGCGGGUUGCUGCGGCGAACCGGCUCGACCUUGUUGGCGAGGGAGCCGAUGUUGUCAUUGCGAACGAACCACGCACGCACAAGAAGAAGGAGCGUCCUUGGCAAAACGACCUUCGACACGGCAGAUAUGCUAUUGCAUUGGAUCAGGUCCUCGAUCGACAAGCUCCGGAUUAUGCGCCACUCAACGUGCUGACUCUCCUUCUCGCGUUGCGUCACCGAAGUGCCGUCAAGAACGCGCUGGAGAAUCGAGAUGAGCAGAGCGUCGAGCCUGUUCUCAAAUGGGUAUGUGGCCACAUCUGUGACCCUCGCUAUGUCAGCGUAUGCGUGGAGGUCGGCCUGCAUCUGCUCGAUCUGUAUGCCGAGUUUGUCGGUGGGUCGGCAGAACUGCACGAUACGUUCCGGACACUGCAUCGCCGGGUGAAGAAGGAAGUGGAGACUGCGCAAAUCGCCUGUCAGACAAACGGCAUGUUAGAGAGCCUUACUGCUGGUGUGCUGUGAACGGCGAGCUCAGCUUUGGCGAGAGUGGGUUGGGUCUUCUGCAUUGCGUUGGCGUUCCGGUUGCCUUGGAUUUGUUGAUACCGAAGGAGGGGCGGGAUGCGGUUUGUGACUGAUGGUCGGGCAGUUAGGUCCUCGUAGGUUUUCACUUAGGAUGGUGGCUUUGGGCAUGCUCAGAUAGUCCGUGGUUGAACUGAUCUCAAUGACCAAAGAAAUCCCGAUCAUCCACGCUGCUUGUGUCUCUUUGAAGUUGCAAGCGCGUCACCCCUCGCAAGAAACUAUCGCGCGAAGUGCUCCACGUAAUUUUGGCCAGGUGAGGUACCCUUUGCCCCUCCCCCUCCUCAGAUACCCCACUAUGCCUUGUCCGUCCGACAUCAAAUAAUUUCGCAACUGCCCAAGCUCACGGCCACAAAUCAAACUGGGAAGCUAUGCGAAGUGAUGCAUGUUCGGGGACAACUUCCAACCAAGCUUCAAUAUCUUGGGAGCGCGCUGUCAGUUCAAAG